AUGUGUCGAGCUGCGUGGGGGCUGGUCCUUGGGUGCUGUGUGGCCCUGGCGUGGGCAGUGGGCACACACAGUGCCAAGCAGUCUCUGGAGCAGCUCCAUGCCCCCUUCUUCACUAUUUGGUUCUGCAGUACAUGGAACCUCCUCCUCUUCCCCCUCUACUACCUGGGACAUCUGCUAGGGGCAGAGCAGAGACAGUGGCCCACAGCCUGCUUCAGGCAGUGCAGUGGCUUCCUGGUGGAGGAGGACAUGACAGUGAGAGUGCUCCUGAAGGGUGCAGCACCGUUCUCCGUGCUGUGGAGUCUCUCAGGCUACCUGUACCUGCUGGCCCUUUGUCGCAUCUCAGCGGGAGACGCCAGCGCCAUUCUCUGCUGUAGCCAGGGCUUCAUCUUCCUCCUAUCCUGGAUCGGACUCAACGACCGGUUCAUGGGUGUACGGAUAGUGGCUGUAAUUCUCUCCAUCACAGGAAUCGUCAUGAUGGCGUAUGCUGAUGGUUUCCAUAGCGACUCAAUCACAGGGGUGGCCCUGGCAGUAGGCUCAGCUUCAACCACUGCCCUGUACAAGCAUUCCACUAUACCUGACCCCCUGCUGUAUCUCUCUGCAGCAGUGGAUUUCUAUGUCGCUGCAGCCCCCCAGCUCAGCCAGGUCAGAGUGGCUGCAGCAGCUAUCAUCGGGGUGGGCUACCUCUUACUGCUGCUCCCUGGAGACUGGGAUGACAGUGUUGUCCACUGGAUAGAGGGUCUGUGGCAAGGAGGAUGGAAAGAGGACAGUGUGGUUGGAGAAGAUGGAGGAGCUGAUGGAGGAGAAAUUGCAAAGCCCAAGCCCAAACCAGCAGGCAUUGCUUCCCUAACAUGA